UAUUUAUUUUGCUCUCAUCAACGACAUUUUGAGGUAUCGUCGCUGUUCAUUUUCGUUGCUUUUGAAACCUUGGUUGAUCUUAUUUAGGAGCAACACGUGUUUAUGUGAUUCCAAACACGUGACGCGAAAGACGAUAUAAAUACUGCGCUUAACUUGCGUUCCAUAAUUACGCGCGUUGCUAAUUGCAUCGGUGAAACGAACAUUCCGGUGCGAACUAAUUCGAAAAGGGAUAUUAGUAUUUUUGGAUAAUACAAAACAAUAUCUCUUCCUUACUUAUAAAUAACGUACUUACAAAUUAAUCUUUUGUUUAAUAUUUAAGAAUAAAUAACGCGCUAGCUGUAGACAAUUUUUUUCUAAUAAAGAUCGGUGCAAAAUGAUUUAAGUUAUGUUUCUGAUUUCUUUCUCAUCAUAUAGAAAACCGUUAUUUUCGCGACUGCACCGUCAAUUACAGGACACUCUAUAUUUAAGAAGCGAUCACAGAUAAAGAGGCCGCAUUCUGAACGCAUAGGGAACACUAAGUAUGCCCUUUUAAUUUCGAGUCCCGUUUUUAUUACAAGAGCGUCACGUAUAACGUUGCUUCAGCUUGAGAAUUAGAAAGAUAUAGUCAGCGUUCGACACACGUCCAAAAUAAGACCUCUGUUCGAUGUACGAUAAUUACGGUAUAUAUUGUGCAAAAGAACGCGACGACGGUCACAAUUAUUAUUUGAAAUUACGGAAAGACGCGAGGCGCAGUCCGAUCGCGGCAUUCUCGGUCGAUCUCGGUUCCUCGUUUGUACUGAAAACACACAAUCCGCCUACGAGUGGCUCGCGAGGCGAAGGAUUGUUAACGUCGGCGCAGAACGUUCAUCCCUCUAGGAUAACGAUUGCAUCUAUCAGGGAUGUUGUAACGCGCGCGCGUGAGGGGUCGGUAAUAUAUAAAAACAGCGGCCACGUCUUGGAGCUGUCGUCCUGAGCGAGAUCCUCGGUACAUCGCAUUGUUUCGCGCGUUACAAUAAGUCACUCUACAGUAGUUCACGCGAAAGUGUGUUAUCAUGUUCCGUAAGGCGCCAGUGAGCUUACUCGUCGUAGCGUUCCUGUUUUGCUUGAUCCUCGUGUCGAGUGCCGAAGCUCAGUUAAAUUUCUCCACCGAGUGGGGCAAGAGGAGCCAAAAUGUACGAAUGAAAACGGACUGUCCGUCGCGCAGCACCUCGUCCCUGGAACAAUUGUUGAAGCUGUACACGUUCAUUCAGGUGGAGGCGCAGAGGAUCCUGGAUUGUCAGAACUUGAGCAAAUGAAAGCAAGCGGACCGUCACGUUCCUUCAUCGAACGGACAUCCCGCCGGACCUAUUCGCCAGACGAGACCACAGAAAAUGAUAUUAUUUGAAUAAACGUGAUGCAACGCAA